UAAAAAAAAUUGUCUAAGAAACGAAAACUCGACAUAAUAAUCGGGCGUAAGCAAGCAGAGUGAAAAGAGAGGUUUGAAAUUGACAGGUACAGUUGAAGUGAAGAAAGAGAGAAAGAAGGAUAUUGAUUCAUUCAUUGUUUGCGAAAGAAAAGGAUAGGGUUUGGUGAAGUAGAGGAUGGAAGCGGCGGUGGUGGACGUCGGCUCUAAGCUCCUCAAAGCGGGUUUUGCAAUUCCCGACCAGACUCCCGCCAUGAUAAUUCCCACUCAGAUGAAACAAAUGCUUGAUGAUGGAUCAGUCACUGAUAACUCACCGGCUGACAAUGUCACCGUCGAUCCAGUUGUGCGAGGAUUUAUUAGAGAUUGGGAUGCCAUUGAGGAUUUGUUGCACCAUGUUUUAUAUUCGGGCCUUGGAUGGGAAAUUGGCAAUGAAGGACAAAUACUAUUUACAGAUCCACUUUGUACCCCAAAGGCCAACAAAGAGCAGUUGGUGCAACUAAUGUUUGAAACAUUCAACAUAUCAGGGUUUUAUGCCUCAGAACAAGCAGUGUUAUCGCUGUAUGCUGUGGGACGUAUCUCAGGAUGCAGUGUUGAUAUUGGACAUGGAAAAAUAGAUAUUGCACCGGUAAUUGAGGGAGCUGUUCAUCACAUUGCUUCAAGAAGAUUUGAGUUUGGAGGUACUGAUCUAACUAAUUUCCUGGCUCAAGAACUUGGCAAGUCAAAUCCACAUGUAAAUAUCAGCCUGUCUGAUGUGGAGAAAAUAAAAGAGCAGUACUCGUGCUGUGCUGAAGAUGAAGUAGCUUAUCAGAAGAUCCAAUAUUCUUGUCCUGUGGAGAAGCACACCCUUCCUGAUGGACAGGUCAUAACAAUUGGGAGAGAAAGAUACACUGUUGGGGAAGCUUUAUUCCAGCCAUGUCUAUUGGGUUUAGAGGCUCAUGGCAUUGUUGAUCAGCUUGUGCGUGCUAUUUCAACUGUGUCAUCUGAUAACCAACGGCAGCUGCUGGAAAAUACUGUAGUUUGCGGUGGCACUUCUUCCAUGAUUGGUUUUGAAGAGAGAUUUCAGAAGGAAUCUAGCUUAAGUUCAUCUGCUGUUCAACCUACCCUCGUUAAGCCUCCAGAAUACAUGCCAGAAAACUUAACCAUGUAUUCUGCAUGGGUGGGUGGUGCCAUACUUGCCAAAGUGGUUUUCCCUCAAAAUCAGCAUAUAACUAAGGGAGACUAUGAUGAAACCGGACCUUCCAUUGUUCACCGGAAAUGCUUCUGACAGUGUUCGUCUGCAUGACUCCUCUGCGUCUACUAGUACUGUUACAUGCUGUAAUCCUUGUAUGAUUUUAAAAGCUUCAGUGUUCUCCAUUGAUGCAAUCCUCUGCACGAGUUCCUGGGUAGUAGUAGAAGAUUUCCGUAAAUACUUGUUUAUCAGACAUGUUUAUAUUCGAGCACUAGGAGCUUGCAUUUCUUGUAAUGAGGAUAUCCCUGUAAAAUAUUCAUCUAGGCCUGUUGUAACCUUGUAGCUACACCACUUCUAGCACACCCCUUUGUUCCUUUUAUAUGAUAGUUUGUAAUCUAUGCUUUAGUUUAUGGAUUAGUAAAAUAUCUCAGUAAUAAUGUUUUGUUAAUAGUUUGAAAGGAAAAUUAUACGCAAGACUCUUCAAAUCAA